AUGCCUCUUCAAGACACCAACGAGUCUCCAACCGAAGUCGACCAGGAACUUGAUGCCAUCGAGCAGGCGUUGGAGCAGUUCCUGAUGCCAAUGGCACUCUAUCAACCAGAAGAGCUCUGGUCGAACUUCUUUUGGUCUACGGGCACAAACGAAGGCUGGGACACUCCGCUCGGCUGGAUUGUUCAGCACGAUGACUGGGUCACGCCGUUCAACUGGGAAGCUCUGACGCAAGAGCACCCAUCACCAACUCUGCAGGUUGGAUGA